AUUUCUUCAUCCUUUAAUUAAUAUAAGUAAGCUUUAAAGAAGAAAAAAAUGAUGGGUUCCAAGGCAUUUAUAUUUCUUUGCCUUUUUGUAGCUAUUUUUGCAAUGAUAAGCUCUGAGGUUGUAGCUAGGGAGUUAGCGGAGACUUCAUUGGAAUCAGAUAACAAGAAUGAUGAACACACUGACGGACGUAGCGGAUAUAACGGAUAUAAACCCCCACAUGACGAAUACAACUAUGGAUAUAAACCUCCUGGUGGCGGACAUAAGCCUCCAGGUGGCGGAUAUAAGCCUCCGAGUGGCGGAUAUAAGCCUCCGAGUGGUGGAUAUAAGCCUCCAGGUGGUGGAUAUAAACCCCCACAUGGUGAAUAUAAGCCUCUGCAUGGUGGAUAUAAACCUCCAGGUGGCGGAUACAACCCUCCACAUGACGAAUAUAAACCACCCAGUGACGGAUAUCACCCCCCAGGUGGUGGUGGCGGCGGCGGACAUCACCCCCCACAUGGUGGAGGCCAUGAUUAAGUGACUAGCCAAUUGCCUCACAACAAAUCAUGAUGUGUACUGUUAUAAAGCUAUGGUAUACGUACGUAGUGGCAAGAUUAGUACCAGUAAUAUAAUAGUCUUGUUGCUUUUAGACCAGAUUAUUGUAUCAAUAGUAUGAAUAAAACGCAUGAUAUGAAUUGUUGGUCAUAUAAUAUUUUGUUGUACAAUAUAUUAUGUGAUGAAUAUAUUUUCAUAAUGUACGUUUCUUCUUAUAUCA